CUCCCGCCCCUCCCCCGCCCCUCCUGGCCGGAUCGGCGUGCGCCUGCGCACGGGAGGCCGGAGGAGUCUUACCCUAAUGUAAGAUGGUGGCCCGUCUGGCUGUGGAACCCACCGAAAGCUGAGAGUCUGUCUCUCAGCCGUAAAGGUCGGACUCGCUGAAGCAAUCAGGCCCGGUUCUGAAGAGUUUUUUCCCCGACGCUCGUUCGGUGGUUUCUUGUGAGGACGCGGCAGCGCGUGGAGUCGGCUGAGGGAAAAGCGAGGCAAGGCAGGCGGGUUGUCAAAGUCCUACAUUUAAGCUUUCAGUGCUGAACUUCCUUCUCCCUUAAAUUAUUAUAAACUUUUGCUGCUGUUUAAUAAACGUGAAGAUGUCUCGCAGUCCUGAUGUGAAGGAAGACCCUGUGGAGUGCCCUCUUUGCAUGGAGCCAUUGGAGAUAGAUGAUAUCAACUUUUUCCCUUGCACCUGUGGCUACCAGAUUUGCCGAUUUUGUUGGCAUCGAAUUCGCACUGAUGAAAAUGGGCUUUGUCCUGCAUGUAGAAAGCCAUAUCCAGAAGACCCAGCAGUUUAUAAACCACUCUCCCAGGAAGAACUGCAAAGGAUAAAGAAUGAGAAGAAACAGAAACAAAAUGAGAGAAAACAGAAAAUAUCAGAAAAUCGCAAACAUUUGGCUAGUGUACGUGUCGUACAAAAAAACCUCGUCUUUGUUGUAGGUUUAUCUCAGCGCCUAGCAGACCCAGAGGUUUUAAAACGACCAGAAUAUUUUGGGAAGUUUGGUAAAAUACAUAAAGUUGUCAUCAAUAAUAGCACAUCAUAUGCAGGCUCACAGGGUCCAAGCGCCAGUGCUUAUGUAACCUAUAUCCGGUCAGAAGAUGCUCUCAGAGCCAUACAGUGUGUCAACAAUGUGGUAGUAGAUGGCAGAACACUUAAGGCCUCUCUAGGUACAACAAAAUACUGCAGUUACUUCUUAAAGAAUAUGCAGUGUCCAAAACCUGACUGCAUGUAUCUUCAUGAAUUGGGAGAUGAGGCGGCCAGCUUCACAAAAGAGGAAAUGCAGGCGGGUAAACACCAAGAAUAUGAACAGAAGCUACUUCAAGAAUUAUAUAAAUUAAAUCCCAAUUUUCUUCAGCUAUCUACGGGUUCAGUUGAUAAAAAUAAGAACAAAGUGACACCACUGCAGAGGUACGAUACCCCCAUUGACAAACCUUCAGAUUCUCUCAGUAUAGGGAACGGUGAUAAUUCCCAGCAGAUAUCUAACAGUGAUACGCCUUCACCACCACCUGGUUUGUCAAAAUCCAAUCCAGUCAUCCCCAUCAGUUCAUCCAAUCACAGUGCACGGUCCCCUUUUGAAGGGGCAGUAACAGAGUCACAGUCGUUAUUCUCAGACAAUUUUCGCCAUCCCAACCCUAUCCCAAGUGGGCUUCCUCCUUUCCCCAGCUCCCCACAGACAUCCAGUGACUGGCCUACAGCACCAGAACCACAGAGCCUCUUCACAUCAGAAACAAUCCCAGUAUCAUCCUCUACAGACUGGCAAGCAGCUUUUGGCUUUGGUUCUUCUAAACAACCAGAGGAUGACUUGGGUUUUGAUCCCUUCGAUGUCACUCGAAAAGCCUUAGCAGACCUGAUUGAGAAGGAACUGUCCGUUCAAGACCAACCUUCCCUUUCACCCACAUCUCUUCAGAACUCCUCUUCACACACUACAACCGCCAAAGGUCCAGGCUCUGGAUUCCUGCAUCCUGCUGCAGCAACAAAUGCCAAUUCUCUCAAUAGUACCUUUUCAGUCUUGCCCCAGAGGUUCCCUCAAUUUCAGCAGCACCGAGCGGUUUAUAAUUCAUUCAGUUUUCCAGGCCAGGCAGCCCGCUAUCCUUGGAUGGCCUUUCCACGCAAUAGCAUCAUGCACUUGAACCACACAGCAAACCCCACCUCAAAUAGUAAUUUCUUGGACUUGAAUCUCCCGCCACAGCACAACACAGGUCUGGGAGGGAUCCCUGUAGCAGGGGAAGAAGAGGUGAAGGUUUCGACCAUGCCACUGUCAACCUCUUCCCAUUCAUUACAACAAGGACAGCAGCCUACAAGUCUCCACACUACUGUGGCCUGACAACAGAACUGAGAGGAGAGGAUUAGACUCUGGGGUGCUUGCAUGGGCAACUGGAUUUUUGCAUGAUUCCUUUAUGAUUUUGCUUUUAAUGUAUACACCCAAAAGAGCCAAUAUAAACGUUCCUCAUGCCUACAGCUAGCGUGUUACCUCAUAGUUGUUGAAGUAUUUCUUUAUUAGGCCUUUAACAUAAUUUAUUAGUGUAAUAAUUUUGGCAUUGUUUCUCAUGAGUGAUACUAUUUCUAACUCAUAAACUUGUAGUACUAAGAUCCCAGGUGAGAUUAGCUAGAAUUGUUCUUAUUUUGGCUCUAUUAUUGAAAAAUUAUACAAAGGUAAUGGUAGUACCUUGUUUUCUGGUUGUGAAAAAAUAAUAUCCUAAUCUCCUGAAAAAUUUGCAAAUUAACAAGAUAAUGUCUAUUGCAUUCUUUGAAUACUUGAGAAGAAAGAAUACAUAUAAGACAAAAUUGGUGGUGUCAUUUAAUGCUCAGAAGGAUAUUGUUGGCGAUUGUUUUUAGUUGUCUAGAUUUAUAUCCUAUAAUAUGCAUUACAUGUGUAGAAACUGUUUUGUUCUCUCUUGCACUUUUGCACUUUCUUUUUGAAUGGUUGUUAAUUAUGCAUAGAUGGUUAAAAGAUAAUUACUGUAGCCUAAAUGCAAUAUAAUCUCUUUUCUAAUGCACUGCCUAGUAUGCCAGGAAAUGCCUCAAAAACAGAACUUCAGUUUAUAGUUGACUUUUCUGAAACUUGAAUAUGGAGUAAACAUUGUAUGUGAAAAGCAACCAUAGUAGUGUAACAUUGUUAUUGAACAAACAGUAAUUCUGUGGGAUAUUGUUUUGGAAAUUUCAUUGUUUAAUAAUUAAAAUGUGAUAAUAAGAUAAUAUUAUAAGUACCUGACCAGAAAGAGACUAAGGCAGAAGAGAAGAGAUUGGAUGUCCUCUAAAAUUAGGCCACCUAAAUUGUAAGAUAAUUUUAAUCAAGAGAAUAGUGGAGUACUUUAUUAGGACAUAAUGUGAAGUGAUAUUUCUGAAAACACAUUUCUUGAAAUAGUUUUAAAACUGGUAAUAAAAGAAAAGAAACUGUACUUAGUUCGGAGCAGUGGACAAAAGCUGAUUCAGAAAACAUGACCAUAUUCUGCGUAAAUGAAGCAUCUGGGAAGAAAGGGAAAGUCACACCUCCUCUUGAGAUUUUAACCAUUAUGAUAAAAGGUAUGCUUUAAUUUGUUUAAAAAAGUAUGAAACGGGAUAAUGUUGAAUACAAAAAAGAAGCCUAGAGAUUGAAAAUGAUAAUAAUAGAACAUGUUAUUAGGAGAUGGUACUUAAUGUCAUGUUGGAGUUGGGAGUUUUCAAGGUUACCUCUAUAUAAAAUUGGCUUACUUUCUGUUAGAUAUAAUGUGACAAAUUAAAUGACUUUAUCCCAAGGUACAGUGAGGUAAACAAAAAUCUAUUCUUAGAUAUCCUUAAAUUUGGUUAACUGAGGCUGUAGAAGCAGCGAAUUGUCUAGCCAUUUAAGUUAUUUUUGUAAAAUUCAGCAUAAAUAUCAAUCUCUAAUUUCUAUCUAGAAGUGAUUUUAAGACAUUACAAGAACAUUGUCAAUUUGGAAAAUACCAAUAAAAUAUUGUAGACUUACUAAUAUUGUAGACUUAUCAGCCUUUUACUAUAGCUUAAUUUAAUUAUGGUUUUCAUUUUUUACUGUAAGAGGCCAAGACUUCGCUUAUGUCUCCUGUGGGGCUGAGGCUCCUGGGCCUUGUUAUUAUAACAAACUCUGGCUCCUUGUAAUGAUGCUUACUAGCUCAAAGCUUUCUCCAGCCUUCAGUGUUAGCCUUUCAUUGCCUGGAUCUUCUUACAAAGCUGUAGCGAGCGGUUAGUUCCAUUUGCUCCUUGGUGUUGAGAGAUAUACCUGUUAAAUGAGGCUUCUUUCCUUUCUCAUUCAUAGCCAGUGUGGAAAAAUCAUCACGUAGUUUGCCCAGAUUUGCCAGAGCCCUAAAUAAAAUCGCAAAAGAUCUCCCUGCCUGCUUCUCCUCCCCACCCCCACUUACAUGCACACUGUAAAUCAAGAAAAUGCGUUUUGGGCAAUUAGACUUCUAAAUUUUUGCAUAGAAUGGCUAACCAUGAUCUUUUGACUCACUUUGUAAUUCCUACACCUUCCUUGUAAGCUUCACCUUUUUGCUUACCUAGUAUUUUAUUUAAACAUGGUUUUUUAAAAAACCUGAAGUCUUAAAGUCUAGUCAUAAUUAAUUUUACACUAAAGGACAGAAGAAAUUAUACAACACAUAAAAGAAGCCACCACUUCACAUAGCAAGCAAAUUGAAACCAAAAUGACAGAAUGAGAAAUUCUUUAAAAGCUUCAGGUUUUUUUGUUGUUGUUGUUGUUAAAUUCCUGCAUGAUGCAUUAUGUGCAAGGGAAACUUAAUAUACUUUUACACCCUUAACCUUUAUAAAGUGACUAGCUUUUCCCUUAACAUAGGAAUUUUUAACCUGGAUCCCAGAUUUUUGAAAGUACAUACAAAAUUGUGGGUUUGUGUGCAUGUACAUAUGUCCAUUUUUUUUCUAAGGAGAAGAUCCAUAGUUAUUAGAUAUUUGAAGGAUUUGGUGAUACCCUUCUCCUAUCAAAAAAAAAAAAAAAAGAACAGCUGCCUUGAAAUGUUUUUAGUGCCACUUUAGGGAAUCAAGUCCUGUACUGAAUGAUUUUAGCUGUAUGAAGAAUUAUAAGUGCCUCUAUUUUCUCGAUUCCAUUAGAAAAUAUUUUUUUUCUGACUAAUAACGCUUUUCUUUUCAUUCUAUUAUUGAGUUUUGGUUUUCCACAUGUCACUUUUGUGUACUCUCCCCUUAUUUCAACAAAGCAUUAAUUAAAUAUUUGAGUACCUA